CGCGAAACAUAGCUGGCAAGUGAAGGCAGUCUGGAAUACGGUCGUUUUCUUCCGGUCGUCCCCCUCGGUUGCUGACCGUUGGUACGGUCUCGCGCUAUCCGCACGUUCGCUCACCGUUUGUGGACGGUGCCGGUAGCGAAAGGGGAGGGGGGUCGACCGGGACUAGCCCCGUGAGAAGCACUCUGCUCUCGGAAGGAGUAAAGGAAGCCAGCCUUGGAAAACGCUCCACGGUCGCCGUUAACUAGCGCCGAGUUAUCUCUAUCUUGAGAGGCGUAACGUUAGAUGUAAGAUGUGACGGCUCUGUGGUGUUUAGAGGAUGCAGGGAAUAUACAGAGAGCUGCGUCGCUUGUAAUUAACGUUAACUAAUGGUCACUAACAUGGAUGCUGAUGUGCCUCCUCCCCUAGGAAAGCCGAGAAAAUGGGUGUUUUUUGAUGAUUUUCUGGCAAUAGCACGACUCGUUUCUUUCUGGGAUUAAUAAUUCGGGGGUUUUCACCCCUCUUCUCUCUCUUGGAGCCGGUUUUUGUUUGGGAGCCUCGCGGGGAGCGUUUGUUUGCAAGAUGACAGAGGGGAGGCGAUGUCAGGUCCAUCUCCUGGACGACAGGAAGCUGGAGCUCCUUGUACAGCCCAAGCUGAUGGCCAAGGACUUGCUGGACCUUGUGGCCUCCCACUUCAACCUCAAGGAGAAGGAGUACUUUGGAAUUGCAUACACAGAUGAAACGGGCCAUUUUAGUUGGCUGCAGUUGGACCGCAGGGUAUUAGAACACGAGUUCCCCAAGAAGUCUGGUCCCAUCAUCCUCUACUUCUGUGUCAGGUUCUACAUAGAGAGUAUAUCCUACCUGAAGGACAACGCCACUAUUGAGCUGUUUUUCCUUAAUGCCAAGUCCAUCAUCUAUAAGGAGCUUAUCGAAGUGGACAGUGAUGUUGUGUUUGAAUUGGCUUCCUAUAUUCUACAAGAGGCUAAAGGCGAUUUCACCAGUAAUGAUGCAACCAGGUCUGACCUGAAAAAGCUGCCUGCUCUGCCCACCCAGGCCCUAAAGGAGCACCCAUCUCUGGCCUACUGUGAGGAGCGGGUCAUAGAGCAUUACAAGAAACUCAAUGGGCAGUCCAGAGGACAAGCUAUUGUAAAUUAUAUGAGCAUUGUAGAGUCUCUGCCCACAUAUGGAGUACAUUACUAUGCUGUAAAGGACAAGCAGGGGAUCCCAUGGUGGUUGGGUCUGAGCUAUAAAGGCAUCUUUCAGUAUGACCACCAGGACAAAGUCAAACCCAGAAAGGUGUUCCAAUGGCGUCAGUUGGAGAACCUCUACUUCAGAGAAAAGAAGUUUUCAGUGGAAGUUCAUGACCCCAGGAGUAGGGCGUCGGUGACGAGAAGGACAUUUGGUCACAGUGGCAUCGCUGUGCAUACGUGGUACGCCUGUCCUGCCCUCAUCAAGUCCAUCUGGGCCAUGGCCAUCAGCCAACACCAGUUCUACCUGGACCGCAAACAGAGCAAGUCUAAGAUCCAUGCAGCGCGGAGUUUGAGUGAGAUUGCUAUAGAUCUCACGGAAACAGGAACUCUGAAGACCUCCAAACUGGCCAACAUGGGCAGCAAGGGCAAAAUUAUAAGUGGCAGCAGUGGCAGUCUGCUCUCCUCAGGUUCUCAGGAAUCGGACAGCUCCCAGACAGCUAAAAAGGACAUGCUGGCAGCACUGAGGGCCAGGCAGGAUGCACUGGAGGAAACGCUAAAACAGAGACUUGAGGAACUCAAGAACAUCUGCAUCAGAGAGGCGGAGCUGACAGGAAAACUUCCCAAGGAAUAUCCACUGGAUCCAGGAGAGGAGCCACCCAUAGUGAGACGGAAGAUCGGUACUGCCUUCAAACUGGACGAGCAGAAAAUUCUUCCUAAGGGAGAGGAAGAGGAACUGGAGCGUUUGGAGCGGGAGUUUGCCAUUCAGUCCCAGAUUACAGAGGCAGCCAGGCGUCUUGCCAGCGAUCCUCACGUGAGCAGCAAGAAGCUGAAGAAACAGAGGAAGACGUCUUAUCUGAACGCACUGAAGAAGCUCCAGGAAAUUGAAAACUCAAUCAAUGAGCACCGGGUCCGCUCCGGCAAGAAGCCUACACAGCGAGCGUCGCUUAUCAUAGAAGAGGCCAAUAUUGGUUCUGAAGACAGUUCAUUGUCUGACGCACUGGUCUUGGAUGAUGAUGACCCUCAAGUUACAGGUACCCCCACCUUCUCUCCAGUAGCAUCGCCUCACAAGGGCCUCCCUCCUCGACCACCAUCUCAUAGUCGACCCCCUCCACCACAGUCCCUGGACGGCCUGCGACACUUGCACUACACGCGAUCCGACUACGAUAAGUCACCCAUCAAACCCAAGAUGUGGAGUGAAUCGUCACUGGAUGAGCCCUAUGAAAAAGUCAAGAAACGCUCCUCUCACUCCAGUCACAGGCGUUUCCCAAGCUCUGGCAGUGCAGAAGCAGGCGGUAGCAACUCUUUACAGAGCAGCCCCAUUAGGAACCUCCCUCACUGGAAUUCUCAGUCCAGCAUGCCGUCGACCCCGGACCUGAGAACCAGGACCCCACACUACGUACAUUCCACUAGGUCAGUGGACAUCAGUCCCACACGUCUGCACAGUCUCGCUCAGCACUUUAGGAACCGCAGCUCAAGCCUCGAGUCCCAGGGCAAACUGUUGGCGUCCGACCCCGACACUCACCCGCAUACCCUGGGCACACUGGGCAGUCCUGACUUCUUCCUGGGCCCAGGACGCAGCUCCAAUGGCUCUGACCCACUGGACGACUGCUCAUCCUGCACCAGCCAAAGCAGCUCAGAGCAUUACUACCCCUCUGGUGGACCCCCUGGCAGCAACCCCAACUACUCUACUCUGGGAGAGGACUCCCCCUCCAAAGCCAGGCAGAGGCAGAGGCAACGGCACAGGUCUGCAGGCCACCUGGGCUCCUCUAACUCUGGCUCCAUGCCAAACCUGGCAGCUAAGAACAGCUCUGGUGGUGGCUCAGGUGGAGGUGUGAUGGGAGGGGGACACCAUGGAGUUUACCUUCACAGCCAGAGCCAGCCCUCCUCCCAGUAUCGCAUCAAGGAGUACCCACUAUACGUAGAGGGCAGCCCCAACCCUGUGGUGGUUCGCAGCCUGGAGAGCGAUCAGGAGGGCCACUACAGCGUGAAGGCCCAGUUCAAGACCUCUAGCUCCUACACGGCCGGGGGACUGUACAAGGAGGCCUGGGGGGGAGAGGAGGGAGGAGAGGGGAGCGGCCGACUCACGCCGUCACGCUCUCAGAUCGUACGGACUCCAUCGUUGGGGCGAGAGGGUGGUGGUGGUGGAGGGGGGAGGGCAGCAGUGUCUGAAGAGCUGCGGUGCUGGUACCAGAGGUCCUCAGGGAGCCUGAAGGAGAGGAGUCACUCACAUUCAGGUUCUACCUCCUCCGAGACGGGGUCACAGCAAGGGACUCUGGGACAUGGUCGAGGGAGCAGAGUAGGGACACUCGUCAAGGGUUCUCCAGCUGCAUCCCCUCACAGCCAGAGGAGUAUGACGCCCUCCAGUGAACACGCAGCCACACCCACACCCCCCUGUAGCCCACAGCACAUCCUCAACUGGCAGACCGGGUCUUUCAGUGACAGCUGUUUUCUCACCAGCCCCUUGUGUUCAGAGUUGGCAGAUGUGCAGUGGUACGGACACGACAAGGCCAAACCUGGGACCCUGGUCUGAGACCUUCCGAUAGGGCCCAGAAAAGUCUCUCCUACUGUCCCUCACUACUACCCAUCGACAACCAACAACCUCAUCCUAAUGGCCCUACAAAAAACCCUGCCCUGGCCGGAAUGGCGGACUGGACACGAGCCUCCCUCCUACCUAAAUCCUGCCCUUCAUCCAUCUCACCACCACUUCAUUAUUAUGCCCCUCUAUCACAGCUCAGCUGGACAGGAACUCACUCAGUGGGCUCUGAUAAGGGCUGAUUUCACAGGACAGACUGAGAAGUGCUACCUCAGCUGUUGAACUGUUGCCCUACAGCACAUCAGAGCCUGUUCUUUACUCACCCUCAGCACACAAGCAAUGGGGGGAAGGAGCGACUGGAAGAGAGAGCACACAAAAAUAUCAAACAUACAGCUCAAACUCAUCAGAACCAACAUCGGCAUUUCCAGGAUCUGUCACAUAUUAAUAACUCCAGUGCACUGCCACCCAAUCAGAGGAUACCUGCUGGAUUUGAGCCACCAGUUUAAAACCCAUUUCCAGGCCCAAAUGAACUGUGUUGGAUUUUAUUAUUGCCAUUAACGUCGUUUGUCUUGUUUGUUUAUUCCUCCCUGCGUAUUUAUAAAGAGAGAAGAUGAAACAGACAUUUCCCGGAAAAUCUGGAUUAACAAACAUUUAGAUGGCAAACUCAGCUCCUCUCAGUUUAACCCACAACCAAAGACAACUACUGGAAUGACUGGUCACACCAGGGUCCCUGCGCUGGUGCCCCCUGCAGAAAAGCAAGUCGGUCAAUUGUAUGAGAGUGAAUUCACAAUGACGAAAUCAGGAUGGUUUAUGGGACUCUUAUCUGGGAUUUUGAUGAGGACUAUAGCAAUAACAAACAUUGUACAAGUAUAUGAACUGGCUUGAAUCCACAGUGAAUUGAAGUAGGCAUUUUGCCGUGUUUUCUGCCUUGUGAUGCUUUGGAGUAAGGGAUUAUUAGUGCAUCAUGGGGAAAAUUUGGAAUUGUGGUUAUUGGGUUUGGCAUUAAUCUAUGCUUAUUUCAGUGACUUCAUCAUUCAUGUUUAUUUAAUGUCUUUGGUCUUGACAUGAGUUCUCUGUCCACAACAGUUUGUUUGACCACAUGGUGCAUUGUGAUCACUACUAAGCCAGUGCGUUUGAAGCUGGGGGUUAACAUGGCCACAUCAAGUCACAAGUACUGCAACAUUUGAUUCUUGCUGUCAUUUUGAAAUAGAAACAAGACUUUUCCAUUUUCACCGCUGGAAGUAAAAUAUGAUUGGCUGUCUACGUUACUUGUGUUUGAUAUUGAGGCUGUUCAGAGACAAGUGAAUCAUCUUUGUUUUUCAUCAUGAAAUGUCUUUUUUUCUCCUUUUGGUCUUGGCUCUCUACUGGGUCUAAUCAUGCUGAGUAUAUGUCAGUCCCUUUUGUAGCACUGUGUUUUCUCUCAUCUUUCUGUCCAUCUCUUUUCGGCAUUGGCAGGAGCAUCCUGACUGAACACAUAUUACGGGCACGCGAGUUUAUCAGUGCCAAACAUGUCGGUGCUUUAUUAUAGUUUCUGUAAUUCAGCCCUGAAACGACCACUCCUUCAAGUUACAAACCCCUUCACAUUCCAACAGUAAAUCCCCACAGUAUAUAGCCACUGUAUGAAACAGCAGCAAGCCAGUUAUUCAUACGUACUUUGAAAAGCACAACAUUAACAGUGUCCGAGGGCUGAACCUACAAUUGGUGUGUUCUCAAUUUCCACUCUCAGUGUUUUAAUAAUGAGUUGUAUCAAAGUGCAUAAGAGGAAACUAGAGAAGUUAGACACGAUAGUGCUCUUUUAAUUAGUAGAUGGACAUGGAGUUCAGGUUGACAGUAAUAAAUACCCCACUGUCAGGGCAGAAGAGAAGCCAUAGCCUGGGCUGAAACAAACCGUUCUUUCAAAACACAAAUCAAUCAACAAUCAGAUAUUCAGAACAGGGUUAGAAAAGCACACCUGGUUUUGUACGAAAGAAGUAGAACUCUGCAUGUUUUAGCUGUCCAUGAAUCUGUCUCCCUCAUCUUUCCCUACCCGGAGUUUAUGUUGACAAUUAUUAUUUCAUUGUCAAAAAAAAUCUGAAUUAAUCUUAAAACAUAUUCAACAUCUCAGUGAUGGAGAGAAGUGGGUUUUUUUCAGUCUUAUAGCACCAUUACGUCCUGGUAAAUGGUGUAACAUACUGUAUGAAACAUAUCUUAACCUGUCCCUCGUAGUGUUCUGUUUCCUUUAUGCACUGACAUCAGUUGUUGUAAUCUGCCACUUGCUAGACUAUUUAAAUAAGAGGGUUUAGCCCACUCCCUGCAUGGUUGGUUCUCCAAGAGUUGUCCACCCAUGCCUGGUCAAAUUUCCCCAGAAUUGAAACCAGCACUCCAUGGUUACCUUCUCAUAGGAAUGAAUUACUCCAGAAUACUCAAGUCACCUAUUAGAGAACACCUUUGACCUUGCUUUGCUCACUCAAAGACUCUGCCCACCAUUUGUGUGCUAAAGACACAACCCCAUGCAUGCUCUUCAGAUUCACUGACAAAUAAAGAAAGAACGACAAGACGUUCAACAUCCGACUUCUGUACUAACAUUAGCACGUCUCGCUCCAUAGUGUUUCUUCCCCCCCAGAAAGGCCCAUUUUGACCUUGUGGUAAUCUCUGACCUCUGAGCCCGAUGUGAAGUGUGACAUCCCUCCCCCCUGUAGCUCCAAACACCAUAUUUUCUGUGCUCCAUAGAAAUGUGUGAGGUUUUUGUAAUACUUCAAGAGAAAUUAACUAACUCUUUUAUCAGUCUUUUCCUGUUAUGUACGGAGGGGCACUGUAAGGUUUUGUGGGGUUUUUAACAUUCACAUUCAUUAUUUUAACAAUGUUCCAUUUUAUAUGAACCAGUAUUGUUUUUUUGUUUUAGUUCUGACAUUGUAACAACCCUUUCAGGUGCUACAAAAAUGACCAGUUACUGCUUUGUCACGUAGGAUCUAGACAUCUUCAUUGUUAUCGAUAGAUUCAAUACCAGGUGUGCAAAAUAAAGCUUAUUUUAACAAACAGUUUAAUAGUAGAACACUUCCCCUACCAGACAAUAGAGCAUGUAACUUGAUUUUAUCAGUUCUGUUCAACUGUAACAAUACAUUAAAGGUGUUGUAGAAAACAAAAUGUGGAAUUGAAAAAAAAAAACUAAAUUCCACAGUUAAUUUAUUCUUUUUUUCUAUUAAAAAUUUGUAUAGUAACUUUACAUUUUUCAAAACUGUGUUGUUGGAAAAUUGAUGAUGAAUUUUCAAGAUGAGAAGGCGUGGUGGUUCUUGAGAGUAAGAAAAAUAAAUUAUUGAUGAAUGUUCUCAAGAUUA